CUUCCCCCUUCCGGGAGACGUGCCGCCUCUGCGCAGGCGCAAUUCGGCGGCGUACGCGCCGUUUUGCGCGGGAGUUUUGGAGCCGGCCUCGGCGUCCGUAAGAUGGCCCAGCCUGUGGACCCGGAGCUCGGGGACGGCAGGCUCGGAAGAUCCAGCCCGGAGGGACGGAUUCCCGAAGGUUCUCCAUCCAAGUUGACUUCAUUGACUGGUACUAAGGCAGCAAGAGUGCCUGAAGAAGAAGUAGUGGUGCCCAACACUCAAGAUCAUCAAUUAACAUCAAGCCCUACCUCUCUGAAAACCUGUACUGCAUCUUCUGCCUUCCUGGAGACUACCAAAGAUGUCUCAAGAAAAAGAAAGAACUCUGAGGACAGCCCUAAAACAGGAAAAAAUCAGGAUCUUGAGCCUACCUACAUGGCACCACAAGAAUAUAACAGCUAUCAAAAAACCAAGCGGCAGUCCUGGCGUAGGGCUAGUAUGAAAGAAACAAACCGUCGGAAGUCACUGCCUCCCUUUCACCAGGAUAUCACAGAGCUCAGCAGAUCUAUCAGCAUAGACCUGGCCGAAAGCAAACGCCUUGGCUGCCUUCUGCUCUCCAGUUUUCAGUUCUCUGCACGGAAACUUGAACCUUUUCUGAGAGAUACUGAUGGUGUCAGUCUUGAUACUUUUAGAGCCAGAGUAUCUUCAAUUUCUGAAGAAUUCAAGCAUUAUACAAACAGACUUGAAGAUGAUGGGACCUUACAAAAAUGCUCUGAAGAAUCAAAAGGUCAGUCAACAGAUAUUGCCUUGGAAGCAUCAAUGGCAGAAAUAAAAGAAUAUAUAGCCAGGCUUUCUUUGGAGUGUACGAAUUGGGAUCAACUAUUACUGCAUCACCAGAAAGUAGCUGAAGAGACAGCCAGGAUGUUAGAGGAAGCCAAAAUUACUGAUGUAGAACUGGACCCUGCUCUGUAUCUUCAGUCUUCACAACGUGAAAUUCUUAGUGCAAAACCUGACUACCAGAAAAUAUUAGACAGCCAGAAUGAGGUUUUUAACUGCAUGGAGAUGGUGCUGGAUGAAUUACAAGGAUCAAUAAAGCUGUUGUAUUCUUUUAUGGAAGAUACUACCCAAUUCUUCAAGAAGGUGUCAAUGCAACUUGGAAAAAGUACUGCCCAGCAGUUGGAAGCCUCACCAAUUAGAAAACUUCUUGAACCUCAACUACAAAAACCAUCUCUCACACACUAAUGUUCUCUGCUAAUGAUCACAGUCUACAUACAUUUCCUCCAAAUUGUCGUUCAGAUGGUUGAAGAUGAGAAGUUGCUGCCUUUUAUGGAGUGUGACCAUAAAUUAAUGUGACACUUUUUAAAAACAGGCAUCAGCACUUAAGUACUCUGAAUAUUCAGUUAUAAUUUUGUCUUCAGAGUCUUUACACAGACUCCACUGAUGGCAUUGCUCAAGACAUUUUUGGAAUUUAGAUUUGGAAAUGACACAUUUAUACAUAUAUCUCUACUCAGCGACAACAAGUUGUUCUUAAAAGGGCAGUUCCCUUUUUCUCCUUGAAAUGGCCAGGUUAUUAAUAUCUGGUGAAUAAAGUUGCUUAUCUACUUAAAGAGGUUAAAGAAUAUGGGGAGAUUACGAAGUAAUGAUAUGUAUUUUCUUUUAUGGCUCUGUAGGGAGUUCUAAACAUGUUUGGAUUAAUGGCUUCACUAAAGUAGACCUGUGGCUUCUUGAGGAAAUGACUUUGAAGGAUAUAUAUAAUUUACUUUUAAAUUGUGUCUCAUUACAUUAGUUACCAUGUAUAUACUUCUCCAUUCCUUGUUUGUCUUAAUAUUUAUGUUGACUACCCACUCUCCCACCACCCAUGUCCACAAACCCUUGGUUUUAUUUUCUAAAACAAUGUACAAUAAAGAACUGCAUGUGAUUACA